AUGCCGCGAAAAUCCUUUAAAAUUAAGCCUGGUGUUAGAAAAUAUGGAACUAAAAGCAAUUAUACUCCAGAAAUUUUGGAAGAGGCACUUAAUAAAAUUCGGUCAGGUGCCAUGUCUAGGAUGGAUGCUUCCAAACAUUAUAAUAUACCACCUGUAACAUUAUAUUAUAAAUUAAAUAAGAAACAUAUCAAAAAUAUCGGAAGACCUAUUACAUUUACCGCAGAAGGGGAGGAGAGCUUUCAGAAUCAUUUGUUACUGUUGAGUGAUGUGGGCUUAUCAUUGCGUAUGUUAGACUUCAGGAUUAUCGUCAGAGAUCAUCUAAAUAAAAACAACAGGAUUGUGCCGCAAUUCAGAGAAAAUAUGCCUGGUUAUGAAUGGGGAACAUUAUUUUUAGAAAGACACCCUUUACUGAAGGAGAAACUAUCUCAUAAUAUACCGAGAAAAAGAGCUCAAGUUAAUCGUGAGCAAAUUGAACAAUUUUUUAAUAAUUUUUCCAAGGAGAGUGAAGCCGUCGCUCCACAAAAUUUGUAUAACAUGGACGAGUCAGGGUUUCAUGACGAUCCCGGGAAAAAUAAAUUGCUAUUUCGUAGAGAUUGCAAGCACCCUGAUGUAAUAAAAAACAGCUCUAAAUCAUGUUUUACCAUAGUCUUCUGUGUGAAUGCAGCAGGGAAGAGUGUGUCGGUUGAAGAAGUGGAAAAUUAUUAUAAAGAAAGGGAAAAAACAGCCAAAACGAAGACAGGAAAUGAAAUAGAAACCAGCCAGUCUGUCAAAAACGUGGCAGGCCCAUGGGAUCAAAAAACAAGAAAAAGAAAAAGCAAAGGGAUCCUGCUCCUUCGGGAGAAGUCUUGUCAACAGAAAAUGACAGUGAAAACAAUGAGGUCGUUGAUACUGUUGAGCAUGGUGAAGAAGGUGAUGGAAAUGAACUUAAGUCACAAAACAUUGGAGGACACGCAAAAACAAGAGGUUGAGUCACCGGUCAUAACAAUCCGAGGAGAUUUUACAACUGGAGAGUCGGAAGAACAAAUAUUAUGGGAAGAUAAGGAUUUGCCAAUUAUAGAAGAAUAUGUUGUGGAACCUAGCAGUGCCUUAACAGCCUCUACGUCACAUAAGAGUGGACUAACCCGCAAGGAAGAUAACACCGAAAAAAAUAAUUCUGUUAGAGAUUUGGCGAAAGAUGCUUAUUGUAUAUUUAGUAAUGAGGGGAGCAGGUUCCUAGGACAAAUACGAAAAGUAAAUUUGUCAACUGCGACUGUCAUGGUUUCAGCUUUCCAAAAAUCCUUUUUAGGAGGUUGGAAGUAG